AUGACAGUAAUGGAGAGCGAAUACUCCCCAUCUCCUACACAGAUAGCCCUCGCUUUAGCUGUUGUUAAGUUGAAGCCGGCAGGGCUAGACAUCAAGGAGUUUAUUCUGCAAUGUCGAGAGUCUAUCAAAGCUUCCAAGAACGCAGAGAUCUUUCACGCCCCCGAGAAGUUCUUCGACAGCGUCUCAUUCUGGAAGCGAGCGUACGAGAAGUCGGAGGCUGAGAAAAGUACAUUACUGGACCGGAUUUUCGAACUUGAACAACGCAAUGAGGAGCUUGUGGAGAAAAUACACACUCGUGAUGAUGUCCCGGUCGAGACGAUACCAGCUGCAGCGGUGCCUGUGCAGGGCCCCUUGAAGCGCACUGCCACCACGAACCAGGCUUCGCGGAAACGGCUCAAGACACUAUCAUUUCCGAUGGGCCCCCUAUUUGGCACAGAUUCUUCUUCUCUCCAUGAUGACAUGACAGGAGAGUCAGACAGGGAGCCUACCACCGCGUUCCUGAGGCAAUCAUAUGUUCUCCAAAAGGCCCUUCAAAAAAGGCGAGACACUACAGGGGUAGUCCGGGCCGCGGUAGCUCUAUGUAAGACUUGCGAGGACCAACUCGCCGAGGCGAUUACCCAAGAAACCGCAGAAGGCAGGACCACGAACGGCCCAUUGACAGAGUUCCAGGUGUCACACCUCAGCCUAGUCUUGCGUGGCACCGAGUCCUCCGUACGCUUUCUCUUUCAAACAAUAAAGAAAUUGUGUGGAACCGGUGCUUCGCACAGAAAAACAGGGCUGCUCAUCUACCAUGUUGUCUGCUUAUACGCAGCUAUCAUGGACUGCUUACAGCGCUACUGCAAUACCCGCGCAGCCCCAUCAAGGCCAGAGUCCCAAGAGUUCUCAAUGCAGACAAGGAGCAUGACAAGAAUGCAAACAAAAUCGAGUGACGAGCCCGGCAGCCAGUCUAAAGUAGAAGACGAAGCCGCGACACAGCUAACCUUGCUACUGAACCGAAUGGUCAUAUCACUUGAUCUAGCAUGUCCCGGACACAGACAGCUGCUAGAAGGGUUUCUUUACACUCUACUAAGCCGUGCCGGGAGCGUCUUGUGUCUUUUUGUCUUUCAAGAUCUACAACUGAGGCCUGAUUUACAGGCGGAUCCUGAUCAGCUGCCGCUUCCUGCUGGCUUAAGAGACGCCAAGGUAGAUGACAGAUCCCUGGGGGGCGCACAAGUUGAAGCAAGAUACCUAGUGUGUCUCGUCCGGGGCGCCCUAGCUGUACUUGAUAAGCCCCCAUCUUUAUCAUCUGCGGCAUCCGAGGAUCAGUUCGGUGGACAGUUUCUUUCCACAAUCAGGGCAAGGCUCCAAAGUACUCUUGUACAGGCUGUCUUCGGUGCGAAUUCGGACUUUGGACAGACUUUGCAGCAGCCUGUUGAGCCAAAAGGUCUUGACAUCAGGAGAGUUCUGGAGGAUCAUCAGCCUUCUGAGCUAUCGGUUCCCGAGUGGUAUACUCAACAGCUCUGGCAACUUCUAGGGUGGGAAUUAUUAUCGAAAAUUGAUCUUUCAUAA